AUGGGCUCAAAUACUUUUGUCACAGUUAAGACUGCAAAUGGUAUUGAAUACCAACAGCCAACGGGGUUGUUUAUCAAUAACGAAUUUGUUCCGUCCAUUUCUGGAAAGAAGUUUGCUGUUGAGAACCCCUCCAAUGAAGAUCAUAUUGUUGAUGUCUAUGAAGCUGAAGAAGCUGAUGUAGAUGUUGCUGUUGAUGCAGCUGAAAAAGUAUUUGAUUCUUGGGCUAAUGAACAACCAAAGAAGCGUGGUCUUCUUUUGUCUCGCUUGGCCGAUAAGAUUGAGGAGCAUGCUGAUGUUCUUGCUGCCAUUGAGUCAACAGAUAAUGGUAAAACUUUGAAUAUGGCAAAAGGUGACGUUGGGCUCGUUGUUGACGUUUUCCGUUUCUACGCAGGCUGGGCCGAUAAGAUUUACGGUGAUGUUAUUGAAACAGAUCCAGACCACUUUUCUUAUACUCGUCGCGAGCCACUUGGUGUUGUGGGUCAAAUCAUUCCUUGGAAUUUCCCGCUAUUGUUAGCUUCUUGGAAGUUGGGACCAGCUCUGGCAACAGGCAACACUGUUGUUCUGAAGUCGGCAGAAUCUACUCCUCUAUCAGCUCUAUAUCUUGCCAACCUUGUUAAGGAGGUUGGGUUCCCGCCGGGUGUUGUUAAUAUUAUCUCUGGUUUCGGAAAGACCGGCGCCUAUAUUGCUAGUCACAUGAGAAUUAAAAAGGUGGCUUUCACUGGGUCCACUGCAACUGGUAGAUUUGUUAUGAAGGCUGCCGCCACUUCAAAUUUGAAGAAAGUUACUCUCGAGUUAGGUGGUAAGUCUCCUCACAUUAUUUUUGAGGAUGCCGAUUUGGAGACCGCUGUGGAGGCUGUUCGUGUUGGAAUUUUUUUCAACUCAGGAGAGGUAUGCUGUGCUGGCUCCAGAAUUUAUGUUCAUGAGUCAGUCUACGAUGACGUUGUCAAACUUUUCAAAGCGAAGGCAGAACAAUCGGCUCCUGGUGAUCCUUUCGAAAAGACUUCGUGGUAUGGACCCCAAACUUCAAGGAUUCAGUUGGAUCGUAUCUUGCAAUACAUUGAAGAGGGUAAGAAGGAAGGAGCUAAGCUGUUGACUGGUGGUAAAAGAAUUGAUCGAAAGGGCUAUUACAUCGAACCCACUAUCUUUACUGAUGUUAAUGAAAAUAUGAAGAUAGUUAAGGAAGAGAUUUUUGGACCAGUUGUGACUCUUACCAAAUUUAAGACUGUCGAUGAGGUAUUACAAAUGGCGCACGACACCCAAUAUGGUCUUGCCGCAGGAAUUCAUACUCAGAAUCUGUCAAAAGCUCUCCAUGUUGCCAAUAGUCUUCACGCUGGUACUGUAUGGAUCAAUACUUUCAACGAUUUCCAUGCCCAAGUUCCAUUUGGAGGUUAUAACCAGUCAGGUACUGGUAAGGAGAUGGGUAAGGAGGGCCUUGAUGCCUAUACUCAAGUAAAGGCUGUUCGCAUUGGAGGCAUUACGAAACAUUAA